CACUUUCCGUCAUCCUUUCUCAGACAUACGCGCAUGAAUACCGCAUCUGGAGUUUUUGUUUUUUUUUUUUUUUUUCGUUCACUUCCUCGCUGGAUCUUCGCUUUUGGAAACUUUGGAAGUGUCUUUGCUUUGCGCGUUGAAGACGGAGCAGAAUAAGGAGCUCCAUGCAGCGCAGAUGUUUUCAAUUUUACCUCCUGUUCUGUUCGUCUCGUCUGAUCUGCUUUGUUGUCCUGGUUUGAUUCCAGAUGCUGAGGAGAACAGGAUGAUGGAAACAAACAUGAUGAAUAUUGAUAUGAGUCAUAAAGUUUCUUUUCUCCUAAACUAACUUCAAAGUGUUGUGAUAACACUGAUGCCUGAUGGCUGGUCACCGCUAAAGGACAGGCUGGGAUGUAUUUUUCCAAAAAACAUGUAAAAUUUGAGGUGAGGUUUGACAAUGCAGCUGAGUGGAUGAAGGAAAGUCGCCCAUUUUAUUCCACUAAAUUCUGCCGAGUAGCUAGUCUACAAAACCGAAUCAAGUCCCUCCGAGCUCUGAAAUCCUACUGCAGCCCCUUCCCAAUGCCUUCCUGUUCAGCCUGUGUCUUCAGAAGACGCUGAGGAAGAUGGUGAGGAUGAGGAGGAUGCUCCAUGUGAAGGGUGAUGUCAUGUGCACGUUUGUGCUGCUGUUGCUGUUCUGUCUGCUGCUCUAUGCCCGCCAGGUGGUGCUGUCCUCUGGAUGGGACAGACAAGUGUGGAAUCUGGAGAUCCACAGCUCCACCAGCUCCAGCCGGACCCUGCUGGGAGCCCAGGGAGCCAAAGCGAGCCAGGAGUCUCAAGGGUUUCCAUCCGGCUCUUCAGAGCCGGCGCUGCCCCCCUGUAAUCCCCAAACCAAAUCCGAACCUGAGGUCAAGUCUAGGGGCAAAUCCAAGAGCCGAAGGAAAAACGUGACGCAGACCAAGGCCGCCGGCAACCGCCUGCCCACGUUGCCGCCGUUCGACUUCGAGGGCUAUCUGAAAGAAAAGGACAACAGGAACUUCAAGCUGCUCAUAGACCAGCCGGAGAAAUGCCACAUCGGAGGGGAAGAGGAAGGAGGAGGAGAGCGAGGGUCUAGGACUGCUCCAUAUAUGCUCAUCGCAGUGAAAUCCAUAGCUGCAGACUUUGAGAAACGUCAGGUGGUACGUCGAACAUGGGGCAAAGAGGGAAAUUUCCAAAACGGUGUGUCCAUCCGUACCGUUUUCCUGCUGGGGGUCCCAAAGAACCGAAGCUCUCUGCCGCUGUGGGAUCGUCUCCUGGCCUACGAGAGUCAGAGCUACCGGGACAUCCUGCUCUGGGACUUUGAAGACACCUUUUUCAACCUGACUUUAAAGGAAACUCAUUUUCUGACAUGGGUCAAUCACAGCUGCCCUCAUGUCAAGUUCAUCUUUAAAGGUGACGCCGAUGUUUACGUUAACGUGGAAAACAUACUAGAGAUGCUACGAGGUCAGGAGCCGGAUGAGGAUCUGUUUGUCGGUGAUAUUAUCAUCAAUGCGAAACCCAUUCGCCGCCGCACCUCCAAGUAUUAUGUGCCAGAGUUUAUGUACGGAGGCGGUUUGUACCCGAAUUAUGCUGGAGGAGGAGGGUUUGUUAUGUCAGGACACACAGCGAGGAGACUUAGCUCGUCCUGUCAACAGGUGGAGCUGUUUCCAAUUGACGACGUCUUUCUGGGAAUGUGCCUCCAGCUGAUCGGCGUCAAGCCUUCGCGCCACCGGGGCUUUCGAACCUUCGGGAUCCCCCGGCCGUCCGCGGCGCCCCACCUCCAGACGUUCGACCCCUGCUUUUACCGGGAGCUCAUGGUGGUGCACAGCCUCAGCGUCCCCCAGAUCUGGCUCAUGUGGAACCUCCUCCACGACCCCAAGCUGAGCUGCCACAACCGGACCAGCCUGACGUCCUGGGACUUUAGGUGGAGGACGGGCGGGGUGGCGGGGGAGCAGACGGACUACGGUGAGAAGCAGGUGUUUGUCACGCAUUAGUGGCGUUUAAAUAAAAGCGGGCAGGAUCUGUGGGCAGUUCGAAAAGCCUGCCAUGUGUCCAGAUGUGAUUUCUUUUCUUCGUUUUUUUUUUUUUGAGCCGACCGACUGUCUUCGGGGAAAUGAACUGGCAAAGGCAAAAAUGUGAGGAAGUCCAAAGAGAAUUGGAUGUAGCCUUUUGUCACCAGCGCCCCAUCUGUCUGUUUACACUGUGCCAUGCAGCGAUGCCUGGAUUCUUGAAUGUGUAAUCUUUAGAAUUUAAAUGUCUGCAUAGACGUAGAGAUGUAUAAAACAAAAUAUAACAAAACGCGGUUAGCUGGUUUAACCCUAGUCAUCUAUGAAAACUCUGGAAAUACAAAGUGCGUGGACUACAAAUUGGUUUUUCAUACCGACCGAGUGAGGACACGGUGCAGACUUUUUUGAGUUGCGACGCUCGCCUCCUCGUUGUUAUGCUGGAUAGAAGCACACAUGGACGGUCACAUUAUCUGUUCCCCGGAGGAACAACAAAUGAAAACUAGAUGGGAACCAGCUGCACAACAGGAACCAACUGGGACUGUGACACACGCGUUCUCUACUGAAUGUCUGGUGAACACGUGAACUCUUUCUUAUUUGUAAAAUUAAACGUCUUUCAUUUUUUUUUGUUUUUUUUUUGUCUCACCUGUUUUCAGAGAUUUCAGGUUUAAACGAAAGAUUCAUGUUCAGAUGCAUUCCAGCACGCUCACACAAGUGGACGGAUCACGUUUGCGUCUGAACGAUUCCGCUCUCUGGACUCCUGCCUGCGGUGCCUAUCCCUGCAGCGCUGCACGAUGCAUGAUAUUAGAUGGAGUGCAUUUGAAUAUGGGUGGUGCAGAGAGGGCGUACAGCUUAAUUGUGCGAUUCUUUUCCUGUGAAAAAUCAGAACCAGACACCAAAACUCAGAAUGACAAGUUCACACUCAAUGAUCCUUGGACUUUACCUCAAGGACUCAUUCGUCAUUUUAAUCUGUCCGGUUCAUUGUAGCAUCACCACGUUAGCAUUCAUGUCACCGUCAUUGUGUUUUGGAUCAUGACUGAUCAGUCUGGGAAAAGAAAUACUGUGGCUUUCACAAAAUUAAAACUGAAUCCCAUCAAAUUUGACAUUAAAAGUGCCGUUUUUAAGUCUCUGCUAAUGCUAAUUGGAUUUUAAAUAAUGAACGAUGAAUUAAAAGUAUAAAUCCCCAUCAGGACUUUGCAUGUAGAUUUAAAAGUUACAGAAAUGCAAAAAAAACUAUACUGUCAGGGGUUUGGUUUUUUAAUUCAUUAAAUAUUUUAGCAGGAAGUAGAAAGUAAACUCAGUCUUUGUUCCAGCUGUCAGACAAAUGAUCUUCAGCUUGUGUUUUAGGAGACUUUUAAUAGGAACCACUGAAUCGGUUUUGUGACCCAGUAGUGAUGGCUGCAACGGGGGGAAAAUUCAGAAUACAAAUGCUCAAAUUAAUUCUUUAUUUUAUUGAAAGUAGGAACCCAUUAGAGGGAAUUAGAGCCAGAUUCCAGCUAUAAACGUUAUUAACUCAUUGUGCUGCAGGUCACGGUAGAGCUAAACUAAAAGCAACUGGGCGUGUGGUUUCCAAGUGGCUUCUUUAGUUCUAAAUGACUGGUGAUUUUUUUGUUUGUUUUAUUUUUUAUGUGGAAAGUCUGUAUUUUAAAAUCACACGACAAGGGUCUGUUAACGACCCAGUACUCAUCUGCAGUAGAAGUGAGGAAGUUUUGCAGAUUAACUAGGGGUUUUGUUUUGUUUUUUGUUCUCUGUCUGGUCUAGAUUUUCUUUUAAUUCUUUUAAGGAGGCCAUCAGAAACAAAAGGAGUCUUUUCAAGUUUCAAUGCUGCAAAAAACUACGAAAUAAAAACAUCUGAAUCCUUUUCACAUCCACAUUUUUAUUAUUAUUAUUAGUUUUUUUUUUUUCAUAUCCUGGUUGCACACACAGAAAAUGAUCUUCGAUGUCAAUGAACAGUGAGAGUUUGAGUUCAUAAAUGUCCAAAUGUUGCAACUGGACGGUUUGUCGGAGACGGGAGCACAUCUCAACAACCAUCAUAAAACACUGUUAAAAGUAAUCUGCUGGAGCAAAGCGUUCAGUCAACACAAUCCCUCUCUUCGCACUACAUGGUAUUGUUAUUGCCUUUUUUUUAUUUUUUUUAUUUAAUUUUUUGUCAGUGGACAUGCUGGAUAAAUCUACUCUUCAUACACAAAGUUAUAGUAUUCAAAAUAUAUAAAACGCCACAUUCCAAUGAAUUUCACAAUUAAGUAGAACCGCCCCAUUUCCAGAAAUGGGCUCAAAAUGUCCA